CGAAGCUGAAAAUGAAUUCUGCAUCUAUGAACAUCGGUGCAUGAAAAGAAAGAAUCCUCUGAAACAGAACCAUAAACUAGUAGGAUGUAGAUAAAUGCAAAUGUGGGAUCUUCACUAUGGCAACAGAACUAGAUAGAACUGUUUAAUUUGAUGGAGGAGGGAACAGGGAAGGAAUUGUUGGAAUUGUUGUUGGAAUGGUGGGGAUUGAAGGCAUCGUAGUCGGGAUAGUUGGCAAUGGAGUGGAAGGAAGUGGAGGAAGAGUGACCUUGGGAGCAGUGGGGAUGGUUGGCAAUGUUGGUUUUGGCAUAGAUGGGAUUUGGGUGCUUGGGAAAGCAGGCAAUGUGGGCUUUGGCAGUGCUGGGAUUAAAGGGGUGGUUGGCAAUGGUGGCAAUGCGGCUUUAGGCAGUGUUGGGAAGGAAGGCAGUGGAGGCAAUGUAGCCUUGGGAAUGGGAAGAGAUGGAAUGGUAGGCAGCGGCAAUGCCGGGGGUGGAGCUGCUGUGUCCAGAAGGUGCCGGGCCGCCAGGCUCACAUCAAGGCUUGAUAAACACAAUGCUGCUACCAUCAUAGACAAUAGUAGGAAACAAUGCUUGAAACCUGCCAUAUUGGUUGAUAUAUAGGAUCACACAGAGCAAGUUCUUCAAUAUAUGUGAGUAAUUGUUU